AUGGGAUUGUUGAGUUUCUUCAGGAGACUGAGAGGAAGAAAUCAAGAGGUGGACGCUGGAAAUCCUCAAAGUAGCGACCCGCGGAGUCUGCAGGAUGUUCUCGACAGCCUGCACCAGUUUUCCCAGAGCGCGACGUCCACGGAUGUACACGACCAGGUCAGUGUGAAGAUGGAGGAAGCGCUCAACUUCGAGCCCGGUAGCCUUGUCCGCUUGUUCGACAAGCGCAGGCCCCUGGCCAAAGCGGACGGUGAGACGCACCAGAAAUGGGAGAACCAACUGGCCAACGUGGUCGUGAAGCCCCUGCAGCUCUGCCAACCGUCCGGUCUCGACGAGAUCGGCGACAUAUUGACAGAUGCUGUCCGCAACGGAGUGACCGUGAAAGCAGCUGGAUCUGGCCACUCCUAUUCAGACGUGGCCACAACCAACGAUUACUUCAUCGACACGGUUGCCCUGCGACGCGUAGCUGACGAGGAUGAUCCCAUUCUUGGACAACUCAAGCAGCAAGACCUGAAGCAUGAGUGGCGCGCUGACACUAUGAAAGCGAAAUGGCGCGACGUGAAGGAUCUGCCUGAUAUCUACUUUGAUAGUUCGUUGGAAGAUAUCCUUCACGUCCGAGAUGUGUUCGAGCAUAACACUAUGCUCUUCGAGACGGAAGCUGGCAUUAGGAUUAAAGAUCUUAACCGUGCGCUCGACAAGGCUGGCCUGGCCCUGUCCAAUAUGGGUGGCUACGACGGGCAGAGCAUCAUCGGUGCCAUCUCGACUUCGACACACGGCACCGGCAUAGACCUGCCCCCGUUCCCGGACAUGUUGCGCUCCCUGGUGCUCGCCACCACGGGCAAGUGGGACGGUCACGUGAUAUCGGGAGUGGCGUCCGGUCCGGUCAACUACUACCGCAUCGAGCCGAGCAAUGGCAUUACGGACGCAGAGCAGUACAAGGCCAACCAAAGCCAGUACACGUGCAAUGGAGUGGAUAUCCAGCUGAUUCAGGAUGACGACUGUUUCCGCGCAGUGAUGGUCAACAUGGGAACGAUGGGCGUCGUUUACUCGGUUGUCAUCGAGGUCAUGCAGCUGUACUACCUGACUGAGACACGUACAGUCAGCACCCUGGACAAGUCGCUCGCUCUCAUCCAGCCGAACAGCGACGAUGCGGACGGCGUGCCGGAGGUGAUGCGACGCUACAGGCACUUCGAGAUCCUGAUCAGUCCAUACCCAAUGAGAGGCUGCUCGGUGAUUGACAUGGAUCCAAACAAGCCACCGGAGACAUAUUAUUCGCACUUCGAAACCCUCCACUUUCAAAUGAACAUCACGCCAAAAUUGCCCAAAGACCACAAUGAUCAUCCUGAAAAACCACGCAACUUCUUGGCUAAGCUUCUUGGCAAGCUCAGUAUUUCCUUUGAGGCGCUGUCAACCUUGGCCAACAUCUUUCCUAAGGUUUCGCCAUUGCUGAUCAAAACCGGAUUUGCAGCGCUAGAAGAUCGCAAUUACGUGGCGAAAUCCUACAAGAUCUUCAACUUGGGCGUGAACGGCGACGCUGGAUUCGCCAAUGAGAUCGGCUUCCCAGUGGAAUCAUCGGAGCAAAACUGCCGCCAAAGGUUCACAGCGCAGCACGUUACCAAGGCAAUCGACAGCAUCCACCGUGUCGCGCAGACGGCGCGUCUCCAGGGGGAGCAGUACCAGACGUCGCCGUUCGCCGUGCGCUUCGUCAAGAAGUCCCCGGCGUUCCUGUCCAUGAUGAACGGAACUAACACCAGUAUGAUCGAGCUGGACAUGAUCACGGGCACCUAUGCCGGCAUCGAGAUACUCAACCGGCAGCAGCGGGCGCUGUAUCACCUAGGCGGGCGACCUCACUGGGGCCUGGAGUUUAGUCAGCUGACCGGGAGUCACGACCUGGUGCACGGCAUGUACCCGCAGUACCCGAAAUGGAAGAGCGUUUAUGACCAGCUGAACAGCCUGGGGACGUUCAACAACCGAACAACCAUCCGCCUGGGAUUCUCGCGGCUGGAUUUCAAGCGCGACGCGUAG